AUGGGCACGAGCAAUGACGACCAGCCCGAUGCUGGACUGAAGAGUCUGAAUCAUUAUUCGAGUCGAUUGCCCCUCUGGCGGUACUGGCCGCGACAAAAGCUCAUCCCAUUGAUCCGAUAUGAGACGCCGUAUCUGGCGUGGGUGCAGGAGAAAGUGCGCACGCCAACACUCGACUCGUAUUUCGCUUUCACGGCCAACCUCGGCACACAUACCUUCUUCAUGGUCUUCUUGCCCUUCCUCUUCUGGUGUGGUUCUCCCAGUAUGGGUCGCGCAUUGGUACACAUCUUAGCAUCGGGCGUCUUUUGGAGCGGCUUCCUGAAGGACCUGCUAUGUCUUCCUCGCCCUCUAUCUCCGCCACUCCAGCGAAUUACCAUGUCCGGUUCUGCAGCACUGGAAUACGGAUUCCCCUCGACACACUCCACCAACGCUGUAUCGGUUGCGGUCUAUGCUUUGGCCGUGCUUGGUUCACCCGAUUCAACUCUCAGCGUCCAGGCCACUCUUUUACUCCAAGCCGUCACCUAUAUCUACGUCGUGUCCAUUGUAUUGGGUCGACUGUAUUGCGGAAUGCAUGGGAUGCUGGACUGUACUGUUGGGUGUGCUAUGGGUGCGGCCAUCGGCCUCGUGCAAUUUCAUUAUGGACCUGCCUUUGAGGAAUUCAUUUUAUCGGCCUCGCUAAAGGAAAUUUCUCUGCUGGGGCUUCUUAUUAUAUCUCUCGUCCGCAUCCAUCCGGAGCCUGCCGAUGAUUGCCCAUGCUUCGACGAUAGCGUCGCAUUCGCAGGUGUCAUGCUAGGCGUUGAUAUGUCUUCAUGGCACUUCGCCGAUAUCUGGGUCGGUUAUCCUUCUGGAUCAAUUCCCUACGACCUCGAGACCGUUGGCUGGAUUAAGACUGUCUUUCGUCUGGUCGUGGGCGUUUUGUGCGUGUUUGCGUGGAGAGCAGUAACAAAGCCCGCUUUGCUGCGCAUUCUGCCACCUAUCUUCCGGACCCUGGAGAAGCUCGGUCUUUUGCUCCCUCGGCGUUUCUUCACCACUGCAUCUAAAUACACCACCGUCCCCUCUAACCUAAAGGAUCAUGACGUUCUUCCAGAUAUCUCUGACAUCCCAAACAUCAUUACCACAAUACGCCAUCCCCGUCGCCGAGCCAUUUCAAUCGGUCCUCAGUCAGAAGCUGAUGCGUAUGAGACCUUGGCGUACCGGGAAAAGCGCCGACGCGAAAGUCAAUCUGGGAGCAAUCGUCCUUCUCCGGUAGCAGAGAGUGAAGCCCAGCCUAACGGAACGCCUGUGACGUUGAGAAAGGCGGCAUCACUCGACGAUUACGAAGGCAUGAUGGGAAGAGGCAGCCCCAGUUCAUCUGCAGUGGAUGUGAACCUCGACAUGCCAACACCUUUCCCUUCGCUAGAUUUCGAGCGAGAGCGGGACGAAAAAGAAGUGUUCUCCCAGAUCAAGAAGCCCCGCGUGCGGUACGACGUGGAGGUAGUGACAAAAAUGGUUGUAUAUGCAGGUAUUCCAUGGGUGGUCAUUGAAAUCGCACCCCUGUUAUUCGACCUAAUCGGACUUGGAAACCAAUAA